AUGCAUUCCAAGAACACUCUUGCACUGCUUUGCCCCGCGGCCAUUGCAGCCCUUACCAUCUCUCACAGUUCAUCCCCUUCACUCCUUUUGGAUAAUCACGAUCAAAUCUUCUCAGUAGAUGACUCCCAGUAUCUCGCAGUCACCUCCGAUCUCAUCUCUUCCAUUUCAUACUCCUCGGAUCCUGUUCAGGGACCUAUUACCUACAUCUCCGGCUUGCUUGACAGUACUACUGCUGAUGAGCUUGAAGAUGUCAUCAACAGCUCAUUGGAGAGUGACGAUGUUUUCUCUGAGGCUUUUCUCGAAACCAUCCUUGUCAGUGCGGGUGAUGAAUCGGAUCUAGAUUCCUCUGUCGUGACCUACCUCGGUAGUCUCGGUGCAACUGUCAUCUAUGGAGGAGAGAACGGCCCGAGUCUCUGCGGUAACUCUACCUUGACCCCAUGUCCCAUGUUUGGCUUUGCAGAUGGCGAUAACCUCAGCCUGAGCAAAGUUUUCCGCCUUUAUGUCGAUACCUACAGAACAUUCAUGGUUGGCACUUAUGAAGCGGGAGAUGGGUAUCUUUCUUUAGCGUAUUCCAACUCGGAAUGGGGCGCUCCAUCUAUCCCUGUCCCCUCAAGACUGUACAGCAUUGAGGAUGACAGGCCUCUUGCUGGAAAGCGAAUUGGCGUCAAAGACAUCUACGAUCUGGAGGGCAUACAGACAACAGCUGGUAGUCUGGCUUACGCUUCCCUCCACACAACGGCCAAUACGACUGCUCCCGCACUCCAGCGCAUUAUUGAUCUUGGCGGAGUGGUGGUCGGUAAGCAGAAGACAGCCCAGUUUGCCUCACCCCAGAGCCCUUGGGAUUGGAACGACGCCUCUUAUCCUCGUAAUCCUCGUGGAGAUACGUUCCUGACCUGCUCUGCAUCUUCUGCUGGAAGUGCCUGUUCCAUUGCUGCGUACGACUGGCUCGACUUUGCUGUUGGUACCGAUACUGGCAAGUCUAUCAGGGAACCUGCUGCCGUUACUGGCAUUUUCGGUAACAGACCAUCCCAGGGCAUGAUUGUCAUGGACAACAUCGUCACUAACGCAUUUAACACGGAUACUGCUGGAGUCUUUGCACGCGAUCCCACUAGUUGGGCCAAAUUCGCAAAGGCCUGGUACGAUCCUUCCCUUCAUCAAGACACAUCGAUCAAUGGAUUGCCUGCUCUGUCGGUACCUGAUGUCCAGACCUUCCCUAACCGUCUCCUUUACCCUAUCGACCAUCUGCCGAUGCAGAAUCCGGCUGCUGAGGCCAUUCUUCAGAAAUUCCUUGAUGACGUAGCGGAUACUGUCGGUGUCACUGUUGAUAAGAUCAACUUGACGCAGACGAUCGAGGAGACGCUGAACCGCCCACUGCAGGGGAUGCUCGACGAUCUUACCGUGCUCUGGACUCACGACUUGAUCUUGGAGACGGCUGAGCCACUUAUUUCCAGCUUUAGUCCGGACUUCCCUGCUAUUGAUGAGCCUUAUCGAUCAUUCUUCCGCAACGCAGCCGCAGAUAGUGAUGCCUACAAAUCUGCCAUGGCAAACCGUACUCGUGAUGCAGGUCUUUGGCACGAAAAGGUCCUCUUCUCGACAAACAGCUCUUGCUCCGAAUCGAUAUUACUUUACGACAUCGGCACAGGUGGGCUCCCGUCCUUCCGCGAAAAGGACCUGAAUGACUCCCCAGGUGCUGCGUCUCCCGUCGAUCCUCGAGGCUCAAAGGCUGUUUCGACCAUUUCAUCCUACUUUGGGGACGUAGAUAUUACUGUUCCGAUUGGGCAGGUUACUUACCAGAGCAACGUUACAUUCCAGGCGGAAGUUAUGCCGGUUACUGUUAAUAUGGUUGCCAAGAGAGGAUGCGACUUUGUGUUAUUUAACUUGAUUGAUAAGUUAGUUAGUAAAGGCGUCUUGAGUGCAGUGGACACAGGAAAACAGCCUUUCCAAGACUAA